CAGGUUUUGGUGGGAAGCGAGGGUGGUCGUCGUCGUCUUCCUUGCGCUUGUGGUAUUGUUGAAUCAGCAGAGCUGCCGCCAUAACCAUGCAGUAGAAGGCGCAGGUGGUUUGCCUGUCAAGUUUCUUCCCGGCUUUGAUGGACCUCUUUCUUUUCAACUCCAAACUGGGUACAUUGGAGUUGGACAAAAUGAUGAAAUUCAACUUUUCUAUUAUUUCAUAAAGUCGGCUUCAAAUCCACAAAAUGACCCUCUCAUUCUUUGGAUUACGGGAGGCCGCACAUGCUCAGCCUAGAGUUCAAUCUUUCAACAAAUUAUGCUGGGCCAUUGCUUAUAGAACCAGUGGAGUAUAAUGGGAGUUUGCCCAGGUUGCUACCAUUUCCCUAUUCAUGGACAAAGGUUGCUAGCAUUAUUUUCUUGGAUUUGCCAGCUGGAACUGGAUUUUCAUAUGCUACAACUUCAGAGAGUCUUCAAAUGGAUGAUUUGUUAGCAUCUAGUAAUGCAUAUGAAUUUCUUCAAAAGUGGCUAAUUGAUUAUCCGGAAUUCCUAUCAAAUCCUUUUUAUGUUGGCGGUCACUCAUAUGAGGGCACUACAGUUCCAAUAAUUACCGAAAUGAUAUCAAAUGGAAUUGAGAGCGGAGUUAAGCCAUUGAUUCAACUUCAGGGAUACAUACUUGGCAGUCCAAAAACAUAUCCAACUCAAUCUAAGUAUAAGGUUCCAUUUGCUCAUGGAAUGGGGCUCAUUACCGACCAACUAUAUGAGUCACUCAAAGAAAAUUGCAAAGGAGAUUAUAUGAAUACCAAUUCGACUAGUUUACGUUGUCAACAAAAUCUUCAAACUUUUAAUCAGUUGAUUGAGGGUAUAAAUUCCAAACAUAUUUUGGAGCCUAUUUGUCUGUCCAAUUCUGAUUCUACAAUGUCAUCUCUCAUUAUGUUGCCUGGACAAAAGUCUCUUUAUCAUAAUUUGUACACAAAACUCAAGAUUGAUCCAUUUUUGGUUUCUGGAUUUCAGUGCCGAGAUGAAUGGAAAAACCUUUCUGCAUAUUGGGCCAAUGAUUAUGAUGUUCAAAUGGCACUUCAUAUUCGACAGGGGACUAAGGAAAAAUGGCUACGUUGCGAUCUAAGUUUACCAUACACGACAACAGUCGAUAACACCAUACCAUAUCAUGUGAAUCUUAGCAAAAAAGGGUAUAGAUCUCUUAUCUACAGUGGUGAUCACGAAAUGGUUUGUCCGUAUCUUUCAAAUGAAGCAUGGAUAAGGUCGCUAAAUUAUUCUAUUAUUGACGAUUGGAGGUCAUGGAUGGUUGAAGGUCAAGUUGCCGGGUAUACAAUGACAUAUGCUAACCAGAUGACAUUCGUCACUGUCAAGAGAGCAGGUCAUGUUACACCCGACCAUCGUCCUUUUGAAUCUCAAGUUAUGUUUGAGCGAUGGAUAUCUCAUGAAAAUAUUUAAUUUUAUAUAAAAUUAGUAGAAAUUAAGUGA